CUUGGAACGCUCCAGUAAACUGGAUUUCGGUGUCUGUAAUUAACCCCUUUUUUUGUAUCCUGGUGUGAAAUUGAGGUUAUUGAUCAUUCUUGAUGAAGUGAAGGUGAUGGAGCAGGCUGUGUUUCCUCCAAGCUGCUAUCAGCUGUCUCUGAGACACGUCCUGUGUGUACACGACCAACCCGUGUGUGAGGAACAGGCCUGGGCGCUUUGCUACCAGCUCUGCUCGCUGUUAGAGAGGAACUUUAGUCUGGAUGACGGACAGAGUUUCAGGUCGUGGAAGAACCUCAGGCUUCCCGGACCGGACGGGAUCUUUCUCUGCUCGGAUGGCACCGUGUCUCUGAGAAUAGCGCACGGCAGACUGGAACACCAGCUUGUAAUCGAGACGGAGGCUCAGACAGUAGAUUACGUGGGUCGUCUGAUGUACUCGUGCCUGGACUGGGGCCUCGGUGAGGACGUGGAGCGAGAGCUGGACAAGACGCUGGAGCUUCUGGUGGAUCAGAUGACCAGAGUGGACCUCAGACUGGGUGCUGACCACCGUCUCCAGCCCAUAUGCACCAUCUCCGAGGUCCUGCAGGUUUGUGAAGAGCGCCUUUACAACCCGAGGCAGGCGAUUCAGCAUUACAGGAGUGUGUGUGCGACACUUUACUCACACACCAUCGAGCUCUGCAACUACCUCCAGAUCAUCCAGCAAACCCAGGAGAGUCUGCAGAGCCUAAUCAUGGAAUCGGAGAACCGCCUGGUGCCGGAUGAGACGAUUAACUGGGAGUUCACGUGGAAGCACCUGAUGGACGAGUUGAGCCAAGGAGUCGUCCUGCGUCCUCCGAGGGACGAACCGAACGCCGACGUCACUCCGCCGCUCGACACGUCUCCUUUCAGCCAACUCCUGCUGGACAUCCAGCUCCGACGCUACACCCUACGCAAAGUGAAGGUGUUGGAGGACACCGACGGAGAGCGAGGAGCCGAUCCUCAUCAAGCGCUGCUGGACUUUGUUCGGGCGAGGCCUAAACUGCGGCCGGUCUCAGAGCGAAAGCUUAAACCGAGAGUCCAGAACCUGAACCACGAGGUCAGUCUGCACGAACUGCUGAUGCGGGAAAUCCGCUCCAGUGACCCGGUGAAGCUCCUGUCCUCGUGUCGGAGGAGACGCCCACACAAAGAAACCGGAUCGUCGUCUCUCUCGGCGGAUGACGACACGAUGCCCGAGAGAUCCCUGACGCUGGUCUGUGAAGAUCCACACAGAGAUGCAUCCUAUCUGAGUGGAGUUCGCAGCUUGGGCCAGGAGGAGGCGCCGUGCAGAGAGACGACGUGUAAAGAUGCUUCUGCUCCACAGGAGGACAGUUACGCAGCAGGUUCAUCCAUAAAGAAUCUGAGCUUCUCUCCUGCUCUCUCCUCCACACCACUGAGUCUGUCUGAAGGCUGCAGGCUUUCCAGAGGAAAACGACGUGCACGAUCUUUACCCAGCAACAUGGAGGUCCACCAGCUUGCAUCAAACAAAGUUUCAGUUCCUGCAACGAUUGCUGAGGUCAUCAAAACGCACUAUAUGAAGAAGGGGAAGUCCUCGUGUGAUGCGUACGGGAACUGGAGGAUUUGUUCAUGUUGUGCAAAGAGAAGUUUGUAUUUCACCUGGCACAACUUCUGCUCUCUGUGCAGUAGGGUUGUGUGUCCAGAGUGUUGUUUAGAGCUGCGGCUACCGUUUAAAUGGUGCAUCAACCUUCCCAUAAGCUUCUUUAAGAAGAUCGUAUUGACGAAGGAGUCUGAGGAAAGUCAGAGACACUUCUGGAACGAGCGAUGGUCGUGGGAUCCGUCCAGGGUUCCUCUGGUUCUGAUGUCCUCUCGUGUAUCUGCUUCUGUCACUCCUUACACUCUGGCUAUGAGAGACUGGCAUAAUCAGGACAUGUGUGUUGGAUGUCGGGGGCUUCUUCUGGAGGCGUGCGACUCACCAGCGCCACCUUUCACUAUUAAAGUGCCUCAGGAGAUAUAAACCGAUGCCUGUCUUUCUGUCCACCACCUCCUUCUUACUUUCAGUCUUUUAUUUGUAUGUUAACAACCAAAGUUGCGAAUGCAAGACACUGUGUAAUUUCUGUCAGCUGUUGUGUGUUUGGGAGUUUUUUUUGGGGGGGGACGUUUGCGCUUUUAAGCCAACUUUAACACUGUUCCUUUAGCCACCCAUCACUGUGGAGGGGUGUGUGUGUGUUCUGUUUUACUACUUUUAUGUUUUUCUGGGCUGCUAAAGAACAAUGGCUUUCAGUAUU